UCUUUGGGAUCUCUGCCAAUCCAAUCAUUGUUUUUGUUUUGAUUUUUAUCUUUAUCACUCAAUUCGGCUCUAAUUUUUUCCCUGUUUGUGCUUCGGUGACGGCGUUUUCUUAAUAUUUAUUGGCUUCGUAAUUUGGCUUCGAUUGGAUAAUUUGGAGCUGGUGGUGGCGGAAAAGCUGAGAAACUCAUAAAAAUGUUAUUAACUCUUCAAGUUUUAACAAAAUCUUCCUGUCUUAGGCUAACAAAAGCCUCUAUCUGCAAUGGCAAAGUCUUAAGAACAACAACUCCAGCCAGAUUUCUAGUGUCAUCCCGGUGUUUGGCCAGCACAAGCACAAAUACGGCAGAACAAAGUCGCAUCGACAUAAAUGGUGCCUCGUUCGUGGUGGAUAACUGGACAAAUGUGACACCCAAAAUACUCUCCUAUGUGGGCAUGCAAAAACAUCUGCAAACAAAUCAUCCCCUUUCCAUAAUAAGGCAGCGAAUUGUCAAUUAUUUCUAUAAGACCUACAAGACUUCUCGAGGAAAUCCUUUAUUCUCGGUCUAUGACAAAUUAAAUCCGGUGGUAACGGUACAGCAAAACUUUGACAAUCUUCUGAUACCCUUGGAUCAUGUAAGUCGCAAUAAGUCGGAUUGUUAUUACAUAAAUAAAAGUUAUCUGUUACGAGCCCACACCACAGCCCAUCAGGUUGAUUUAAUAUCCAGUGGUUUGGAUAAUUUUCUCGUUGUGGGCGAAGUUUAUCGACGUGAUGAAAUCGACAGUACCCAUUAUCCGGUGUUUCAUCAAUUGGAUGCUGUACGUUUGGUAACCAAAGAUAAAUUAUUUGAACGUAAUCCAGAUUUGGAAAUAUUUGAGAAUGAGUGGCGAGAGAUUCAAGGAAACAAACAGAAACAACAGUUGAUACAUUCAUCUUCCAAGUGUUUGGAUCAAUCGAAACAACCCUGCCACACACUGGAGGCUGUUAAACUUAUGGAACAUGAAUUGAAACAGGUGCUACUUGGCUUGGCCCAAGAUUUGUUCGGUUCAAAUAUUCAGUACCGUUGGGUAGACACAUAUUUCCCCUUUACCCAACCCUCCUGGGAAUUGGAGAUAUUCUACAAAGAUAAUUGGUUGGAAGUGUUGGGUUGUGGCAUCAUGAGACACGAAAUCUUACAACAGUCUGGAGCGCAUAACUCAAUUGGCUAUGCCUUUGGUUUGGGUCUGGAACGCCUGGCCAUGGUGCUGUUCGAUAUACCUGACAUACGUUUAUUCUGGUCCAACGACAGUGGAUUUUUAUCGCAAUUUAGUGAAAAAGAUCUAUACAAAUUGCCCAAAUACAAACCGGUAUCCAUGUAUCCCCAGUGUAAGAAUGACUUAUCAUUUUGGCUACCAGCUGGGGUGGAUGUUGAUGCUGGUUUUGUACCAAAUGACUUUUAUGAUUUGGUCCGAACUGAGGCUGGUGAUGUCGUCGAACAGAUCAGUUUGGUUGACAAAUUUAAGCAUCCCAAAAAGGGUUUAACCAGUGUCUGUUUCAGAAUUGUUUAUCGCCACAUGGAACGUACCUUGACCCAGACAGAAGUCAACGAAAUCCAUAAACGUAUAGCGGAUGCAUGUGUAAAAAAUUUUAAUGUUGUUAUACGUUAGUUAGUUGUUAUUGAGAAUAUAAUGUUUAUAAAAGAGUUGAAAUUGAAAAGGAAAUCUUAAAAUCUGCGAGCAUAAUAACAAUAACAAAUAACAGCAUAAUCUGGAUAUGAACGAUUAUUCAUAAAAAGUCCCGAUUGUAAGAA